CCCCCCACCUGCCAGCAGCCCGAGGAGAUGGAACAGCCCUGCCCACGGGCCCGGCCUCCCGCCCCUGACUUCGCCUGAUAACAAACCAGAAACUGAAAGAGUCAGGAUUCCCGGCUUGAAGUCAGAGAUGAGUCACAGCUAAGAGCAAGUGCAGGAGUAGAGAAGUGGCACCAGAGAGGCAGACGUGAGGCGAGGGCACCAGAGGCGGACAGCACGUCCGGGGGUCCUGGUGACACAUGGCAGGCACAACCGAGGUGGUGGCCAUGGACUGCGAGAUGGUGGGGCUGGGGCCGUGCCGGGAGAGCGGCUUAGCUCGCUGCAGUCUCGUGGACCUCCACGGCACCUUGCUCUACGACAAGUUCAUCCGGCCCGAGGGGGAGAUCACGGACUACAGGACCCUGGUCAGUGGGGUCACUCCUCGGCACAUGGAGGAGGCCACGCCAUUCGCCGUGGCCAGGCUGGAGAUACUGUCACUCCUGAAGGGCAAGCUGGUGGUGGGCCAUGACCUGAAGCAUGACUUCAAGGCGCUGAAGGAGAACAUGAACAACUACUUGGUCUACGACACAUCCACGGACAGGCUGCUGUGGCGAGAGGCGGGCCUGCAGGGCUGCAAGCGCGUCUCCCUCCGCGUACUCAGUGAGCGUCUCCUGGGCAGGCGCAUCCAGAACAGCCGGUCUGGCCACAGCUCGGUGGAAGAUGCCAGGGCAACGAUGGAGCUCUACCGGAUCGCCCAGCGAAUUCGGGCCCGCUGAGGGCUGCCCCCUCGUGGUGCGAGACCCGAGCCCCAAACAGCCCCUUCCGCAGGGACUUCGCCAAGGUCUUCAUCUCGUCGGGACAGCAGUUCCCUUGCUUCUGGAAAACGCAUCUUUAGUAGUAAAACAGCUCUAUAUUUUUUCUACUCCA